ACAGGGCAUAUGAACAGGGCCCCAGGGCCCCUUCGGCCGCUUUCGCAAUGUUGUGGACGUUCCGUUCCUGUGACGUUUCUUGGCAAUUGACGGCGUUCGUCCGUACGAUUUAUGCCGCGAAGCCUGUCGCGACAGCUGGUGGGCUGAACUUCACGCUCGAGGGCUCGACGUCCGAGCGGCAUUGUUUAGUCGGCUCGAAAAACUGGGCAUCGUGAGAAAGGUCACAACAGCCACCGGAGUUUGUGGAAGCAAAGUUGCGACUAUGGUCGAUUCUACCAUACGUUGAUCCGCAAAGGUCGAGUCUACAGGUCAAACUGGCUGCAUUUCAAUAAAAGCCAGCCUGGGCAUCCUCCAACAAAAUGGAGUCGAAUAUAUCAGCCAUUACCUUCUAUAUUGAAGGUAUGACUGAUCAGUCAAGUGCUAGGACCAUUCAAGGUGUGCUAGCCAGUCUCGAAGGAGUUAAUACUGUCAGGGUGGAACCCAAAGCAGGAAUGGCUGCUGUGACGUACAAACUUGAUGUGACAUCUGAAACAAGCAUCAGGAGGAAAAUUGAAGACGCCGGCUACAGUAUCAAGCCUGGCGACUUUCUGCAGCUUCAGGCCCCAGGCGGCGUUGCAGACUCUGCGCAUUCCACAUCUGUCUUCCAAGCAGAGAAUGAAAUACCAUGCGACGUCUUUAAAAAACAGUUGGAGACAAAGCUCUGCCAUCUUGUUUCCGGUGCCGUCGCAAUCUUUGUGGUUCCUGGUAUCAACGGGCCCCCCUUGGGUAUUGUCAGCUUUAAUCCCAGGAAUAUCUCAACGGAAAUCAUUGAUCAAGAGGUUGGGAUGACACGCCUGAGGCUGUCAACAACUCUCCUGAGUGUAAAGGGCAUGACUUGCCAGUCGUGUGUUCGUAACAUCGAGUCUCAUGUGGGGCAGGAGCCUGGUGUGAAAGGUGUGAAGGUUUCACUCAAGGAGGAAAACGCGAGGUUUGUUUAUGACGGUGAACUGCUGACUGCGGAGGCACUUGCUGAGAAGAUAGAAGACAUGGGUUUUGAGUGCAGUGUUCUGAACUCUGUGGCUCUCGAUGCUGGCGGCCCAGAAGGGGCUAUCAGGGAGGCAUUGCAGCCCAAACCAGCUCCUGUUCCUGAACAGCCAGUGACAUCUCUUGAGCCUUCUGGGAAUAACAGAGAAGACCAGAGCACUUUCGAAGAUGGAGAGAAGUGCUUCCUGAGAGUGACCGGCAUGACCUGUUCAUCUUGUGUUGCUGCCAUAGAGAAGCAGCUAUUCAAAGUGAAAGGAGUAAAAUUUGCUCUGGUUGCCCUGUUGGCUCAGAAGGCAGAAGUCAGGUUUGACCCAGCACUAGUCCAACCUAAUCAACUGGCAGAGCUGAUCAAUGACUUGGGAUUUGAAGCAUCUGUCCUGGAGGAAUUGCACACUCUGCAUGGUGAAGCUGAACUUGUGAUACGUGGCAUGACCUGUGCCUCAUGCGUUCACGCCAUUGAGACCAACGUGUGCAAGCUUCCCGGUGUCGCCAGUGCAUCGGUCAGUCUGGCGACGCAGAAGGGAAAGUUCUUUUUUGAUCCAGAGCGGACAGGGCCACGCCAAAUCUUGGAACGAAUCAAGGAUUUGGGUUUCGAUGCAUAUCCAUUUACUGACCACAAGAUGGAUGCAAGCUACUUGAGUCAAAAGGAAGAAGUUAAAAAGUGGAGAAAUUCGUUCCUGCUCUCUCUGAUGUUUGGUGUACCAUCCAUGCUGCUCAUGAUGUACUACAUGAUCCGGCGCAUGGUUUACAAGCAUGACAAUGACUGCUGCAUAUUUCCAGGGCUUUCAGCUGAGAACUUCAUUCUUUUUCUAUUAGCUACCCCAGUCCAGUUUGUUGGUGGCCGCUACUUCUACGUGCAAGCUUGGAAAGCUCUGUCCCACAGGGUUGCCAACAUGGAUGUGCUCAUCAUGCUGGCAACAAGCAUCUCUUAUUUCUACAGUGUCAUGAUUGUUGUGUACUUUAUGAUUGAUGGUGCGGAUCACAGCCCAAAGACUUUCUUUGAGACACCACCCAUGCUGCUCAUGUUCAUAUCACUGGGACGGUGGCUUGAGCACAUUGCCAAGGGAAAGACCUCGGCUGCACUUGCCAGGCUGAUUUCACUGCAAGCUACGGAGGCAGUUCUUGUGGAUGUGGAUACCCAGAUGAAUGUUACUGCAGAGCGAAACAUCAGCGUAGAAUUGGUCCAAAGAGGAGACGUGUUAAAGGUUGUGCCUGGAGCAAAGAUGCCAGUGGAUGGGAGAGUGUGCAUGGGUCACUCUGUUGUUGAUGAGGCACUCAUCACAGGCGAAUCCAUGCCUGUGCCCAAGAAAGUUGGUGACCAGGUUAUUGGCGGUUCUAUCAACGGCAAGGGUGUCCUUCUGAUCAUCGCCACCCAUGUUGGGAGGGACACAGCACUCUCACAGAUUGUGCGACUUGUUGAGGAGGCCCAGACAUCCAAGGCUCCAAUUCAACAGCUAGCAGACAAAAUAGCUGGCUACUUUGUUCCCGGUGUGGUACUGGUUUCGCUGCUGACAUUGUUUUGUUGGGUCCUAAUUGGAUUUCACAAUGUUGAGUACAUCACACGGUUCUUCAAGAGACAGCGAUAUCAUGACACGGACAGUGAGCUCAUCUUCCAAUUUGCGUUCCAAUGCGCCCUGACUGUGCUGUCCAUCGCGUGCCCUUGCUCGUUGGGUCUGGCAACACCCACUGCCGUCAUGGUUGGCACAGGUGUUGGGGCAUCCAAUGGAAUUCUAAUCAAAGGAGGAGAGCCACUUGAAAUUCUCCAUAAGGUUGGUUGCGUAGUGUUCGACAAGACGGGCACUCUCACAAACGGCAUGCCAGUGUUGACGCGCAUGACGCUGCUGGUUGGAACUCGAGUCUGUUCUUUCACCAAGCUACUGCUCCUGGCUGGAACAGCUGAGGCCAACAGUGAGCACCCCAUAGGAACUGCCAUCACUAAGUUUGUCAAAGAGACUCUGAAGAUCGAUUGCCUCGGGAAGUGUGAGGACUUUGGGGCUGUCCCUGGUUGUGGUCUGCGGUGCCGUGUGUCUGGUGUGGAUGCUUUGCUGGGCAACAUUGAGGAUUUGGAGCACCUUGUCACUAACAGCAAACACCCUCGCAGCAGCUAUGUGGCUUCUUCAGACGAUGUGAUGAUUGACCGGUGGAUACUGCCAGCCCGAAUGCGGGGUGACACCUUACUCAGUCCGCCCCAAAACAUCUUGGUUGAUGUGCCAGACACUCAAGAAAACUUGGCCCCCCGUGACGGCAGCAGCGUGGUUCUAAUUGGCAACCGAGAAUGGAUGCACCGCAAUGGCAUUGCGGUUGACAUUGAAGUGAGCCGCUUCAUGGAGCAACACGAAGAGAAGGGCGAGACGGUGGUUCUCUGUGCCAUUGAUGGAAUGCUGGUCUGCAUGUUGGCAGUUGCUGACACUGUCAAGCCUGAAGCCAACUUGACAGUCUACACAUUAAAAAAAAUGGGCCAUGAAGUCAUUCUUCUAACUGGAGACAACAAGCGCACCGCAGCUUCGAUAGCUCGUCAGGUUGGCAUCAAACAUGUCUAUUCGGAAGUGCUUCCAUCACACAAGGUGAUGAUGAUCCGAAGGCUUCAAGAGCAGGGGCGGCGUGUUGCCAUGGUGGGAGAUGGCAUCAAUGACUCUCCAGCGCUAGCUCAGGCUGACAUUGGCAUCGCUAUUGCUAAUGGUACUGACGUUGCUGUUGAGGCUGCUGACGUUGUUCUUGUUCGCAAUGACCUCCUUGAUGUUGUCGGCGCCAUAGCCCUCUCUAAGGCCACCGUGAGAAAGAUACGUCUCAAUUUUUUCUUUGCCACUGUCUACAACCUUGUCGGAAUUCCACUGGCAGCUGGUGUUUUCAUGCCGUAUGGUGUCGUUCUAAGGCCUUGGAUGGGAGCUGCAGCCAUGGCCAUGUCAAGUGUCUCUGUAGUCUCGUUUUCACUCAUGCUCAAGCUGUUUAAGAAACCAAGACGGGCUGCCCUUGAAACCCAACAGUACCUUUCGGAACUUCAGCGGCAGGGCAACUCUAGUAGUUCCAACUAUGAUGACCUGUCACUCCACUGUGGUCUAGAUGAUGUGCCUGCCAAGACCGGUGUACAGUUCAAGUCAUCCACUCGUGGCUCAACGUUCACCAUACUGUUCAGCAGUCUGAGAGACAAAGCUGAAAAGACUAAGCAAGGGUACCUGCUCGGUCAGGAUGAAGAAAACGCAGACAUGUGUUCCUAGAUUGACCAGAACCUGCCUGCUACCAGUUGCUGCUGCACUUGCUUCCCCAUGACCAUCUGUGUUUGAUGAUGGUCGGAUUGAAGCAUCACCUUUUGAUUACAAGCUGGUACAACUUGACAACCGAGUACCUUGCAGCCACGCAUGAAAUACGUGCGUCAUUGAGGGUACGUGCUUAUUCUACUAUCCUUAGUUGUGACACCUGGGUGGACCGAGUUACCUCCCUUCGCAAGUGACACUGACGGUAGUUUGCUGCUGCUCCUUUUGAGCUGCUGUUCGCACAUUCCUGGCCGUCGGGCCGUUUGUGGAGAAUAGCGCAUUUUUCAAGGCUGCUAAUGCUGCGCAGCAUGUGAGAGUGAGCACUGAAAUUUUUACGGAGACCUUCAGAGCCAAAUUGACUGAGCUUUGGAAAUGAAUGAGCCCAACUCUUGCUCUGUGGCAGUGUGAUGGCCUGACUGCCUCUAGAAUUGUCAUGGGAUGUUAGAGUGUACUGAUGUACGUAGCCUGUACUGCAGGGAGCAUUUAAGGUGCUAUACAAAAGGCAAGCUGUUUCCUAAAGGGAAAUUCUGUGAUGGUAUGUUGCUUGGAUAGCUAGCAAUGUAUUGUUUAGACUGAAUGUUUACAUGAAGGAGCUAGCAGGCAUGAUUACUUAUGCAUUUUGAACCAUUUAUUGAGAUUAUGGCAACCUGUCCUUUGAAAGGUUAAGACAUCUUGUUGUUUCUCUGCUCACUUUCAGUGUUGGAGAUGUGAAAAAUGGCAGGUUUGUAUGAGAGUGGUGAGAUGUAUUUUGCCCAUAUAUUGUAACACGGAAGGAGCAGUUGCCAAAACUACUGCUUUGCCGUGAAUGAUGCAACGUGCCAAAGUGAGAUUAGACUUAUCAAGUACAGUCAACUCGCGAUAAUUCAAACGCUGUUUAAUUUUGUAGUUAAUUAAAACACUACGAUUUGAAUGCAUGUUGAAACCACAAAGUUUGAAGGAGGCCUUUGGGUAAAGGUUCCCUGCAACGUUAUCUUGAACAUGGCAAAUGAGCCCUUGCAGUCACCAAAUGGUGCUCUCACGAUGACCUAAGCAAAGUGUUACUCAGUUAAGACAGCAGAAAAAUCUGUAAUAUCACUCAGAAGAUGAUUUGUACUUUCCUGCUUAAUUAGCCCUCGACACCCUUCCUUUAGAUCUAUGACAUGAAGGCAUUGCCUGAAGGUUAAUGGCUACAUUUCUUUAUUAAAGCUUACUGUUGGCUUGACUUCUUUAGUUGUCACAACCAAUCAGCUCCAGCCACUAAGAUCAAGAGUAAAGUAGACCUUUUAAGAGUAAAGUAGCUGGAAUGGCAAGUAUUUAAAAAAAAAUAAAGAAAGGAAUCGCACAGCAUGCUUCAUUUUGGCUGCACUCAGUGUACGUAAAAGGGCAUGGGAACACAUGGGGGGUGAAAAAUUCAAGUGUGUGCAGCCUGGCACAACACCGAUGAUUUAUUUGCUGGUGCAUAAAAGAAAAAAAGUAUAUGAAAUUUACUUGUGGUCAGGCAACAUUGGGGUUCAGCUCUACCUUCUGUGACAGUGCAUCAAAGAAGGUGGCAUUCUGGGAGAAAAAAAAGAAAAAAUUGGUAUUUAUAAAAGUAAUAAAAGCUGUUAUAAAGAAUUGCUCGAAGGAGUAGGUUGCUUAAGCACUUCCCCCCAAUGUGCAAAGCAUUUUAGAAGUUUGUUAAAUGAUAUUGCAGGGUCACAUUAAUUAAGAACAUUGGAUUCCCAGUUCAGAGUAACGGCACCGAAAACAUCUCUUGAGAGGGCAUUUAUAACGUGUCAGUCAUCAUAGUAAUCCCACAUUUGAUAUUCAGGCUGCUCUGGAUCAUGGUGGGCACCACUACAAAUUGGUACCACCAGUCUCGUCACAUGUUACAGCUCUGAUAUUCAGAAUUUGUGUGCACAAAAACUGUGGAACCUCACAGUGCCAUCAGUCAGUCUUAACAUGUUGUGCACGCAUUUGUUUAAAUAAACUAAAGAUUUAGUACUGAGCCCUAUUUUGUUCAAGGUCUCCUAAUUCAAAUAAAGACCUCUGGUUUGUAGGAGCUUGAGUUAACGGGAGUUGACUGAUUUUGUACGAUAUUAAGUCUGUGAGGCUGGAGGGGACAUAUGGUCUUCACAUGACACUGACUGCACAACUGCCAUGUCCCAAAUAUGAAAUUGCUUCUAUUUAUUUUGUUCAGUGGACCACAAUAACAUUGCUUUGAUGUGACUGAUUUACAACAUAGUAUUUUUUAAACUAUUUUAUAUUGGGCAAUCAUAUACAUGCCUGAAUAACUUACACUUUGUACUUUUUGUGAGCUUCGAGAUUGUUACUGCAUUACACUUAUUGCACAAAAUGAGCGCAAAUGCUGGAAGGUAAUGUUUCCAAUAUUUCUGUGUGUUGUCACACUGUGGUAUAGUUGUUGAGUGUGAUUUAUACUUUUCAUACGUGAAACUGGUGUUAUGUGAACUGGCCGCAGUGUUACGCUUAGAAACAGGUCCCCGUGAAAUCAGGCACCAAUCAACAGAAGCAUUGCUUCUGAGGUGUCAGAAUGAUUUGAGUGUAUGUAUUUUUAAUUUCGUUUAUUUUUAUAAUAAUAAAUUAUACCUUAGUA